UUCGGGAGGCCCGUAUAUCCUCCCCCGGGUGGGGGGGCCCCUUCCUUUCGCCUGGGCGGCGCGGCUCAAGAUGGCGGUGCAGAUCUCCAAGAAGCGCAAGUUUGUCGCUGAUGGUAUCUUCAAAGCUGAACUAAACGAGUUUCUGACUCGUGAGCUGGCUGAAGAUGGGUACUCUGGAGUAGAGGUCCGAGUUACUCCAACAAGGACUGAAAUUAUCAUCCUUGCUACCAGAACACAAAAUGUUCUUGGUGAGAAGGGGCGCCGUAUCCGUGAGCUGACUGCUGUUGUACAGAAGAGGUUUGGCUUUCCAGAAGGAAGUGUUGAGCUCUACGCUGAGAAGGUGGCCACAAGAGGUCUGUGUGCUAUUGCCCAAGCAGAGUCCCUGCGAUACAAACUUCUCGGAGGUUUAGCAGUGCGUCGAGCCUGCUAUGGUGUCCUCCGCUUCAUCAUGGAGAGUGGCGCUAAAGGUUGCGAGGUGGUGGUAUCCGGUAAACUCAGAGGCCAGCGAGCCAAGUCUAUGAAGUUUGUGGAUGGUUUGAUGAUCCACAGUGGAGACCCUGUAAACUACUACGUUGAUACAGCUGUGCGCCAUGUCCUUCUCAGGCAGGGUGUGCUUGGUAUUAAAGUGAAGAUUAUGUUGCCGUGGGACCCAAGUGGAAAGAUUGGACCCAAGAAGCCCCUGCCAGACCAUGUCAGCAUUGUGGAGCCCAAGGAAGAGAUCUUACCUACCACUCCUAUCUCAGAGCAGAAAGGUGGCAAACCAGAACAGCCAGCCAUGCCUCAGCCAGUUCCCACUGCAUAAUGGGUUUUCAACACUUGGAAUGAGAAGUGGACACUGGCCCAUGAAAGGAUCUUAAUAAAAUCAUAAAAGACAGUGUAAUGUGGAGACUUUUAUUUUGACCAGUGUAGGUCUUCAAAGGUUUUGCCUCCCAAGUUCUCUGUGGAAAUGUAUUCAUCCCCGGUUUUCUUUUUUCUUCGAACUUUUGGAGUGAAUCUGUCAGUUCUCCGUUAAUAAACUUUUGGAGAUUUUUA